AUGCUCUCAGCGUUCGGCGCUGGCUGUGUAGCCGCUUUCCUGCUCAGAAGGUUUCACUCUUCGAAUCACACGAAAUCAGCGUGUGGCUAUGCCUUGGUCAACUGGGUUCAAGCCAUGUUGGGCUCUUUAGGCAUGACGACGGUCAUGGACAAUGACUACGGCCAUCGUUGGCGCAGUUGGCGCACGGUUCUUGUGUAUUGCAGGUUGCUGCUGUAUGUCAUUGGCUUACUUUGGAUGCAGGCUCUGAUCCUUUCCCGAUUGGAUUUUCUGGAGCGGUCUUCCAACCGAAAGUAUUGCAGCCGCUGCUUUCGGCGGCUGGUGCUGGUGCAAGCAAUCGGGGCAGUAGCACUCACUCUGACGUUGGGAGGGCUUGUCAUCUAUCCACAGAUAACUUCGCCUCACGGGGAAACUCAACGUCUGAUUGCGAUUAAGCUCACGACACUGAUGACAAUUGUACCUGCAAUUUGCUUGUGCAACGUGGUGGCCAGCAUCGUCGCCAUUUCCUCCUUCAGCAAAGCUUUCUGUCAGUUGCGCAGAAUUUCGCGGCUUGCGAACGGCACGCAAGCGCCAACUUCUGCCAAGUCUGCCCUGCAACGUACCAAACGCCUUGCUGGCUGGCAAGCAGUGGGAGUUUCCUUCAGUUUGGUCUUCAGUCUCAUACUUGUUCCAGCAUGUCUUGUUGUAAUCGAUUUCUGGCACAUCUUCCCCUGGAGCGAGAACGUGUUGCUGUGGGUUGGUUGGGUUUGCUUCUUCAUUCAGUUCUUGGACCCACUUGGAAAUGCCUUUGCCGUGCUCCUACUGUCUGGUAGCCACAGGUUGACCAAAACUGAACCCAGCCAAAGCAUCGAAUGGCCUUGCAGGCCGAAACCCUGUGACCAGAACACACAUAAGCCAACUUCGGAAGAUCCGAGCUGGACGCGGAAAGUGGAGGAACUUGCACGGCGCGGCAUGACUCUGCAGAGUCUGUUGCAGUUUUAUCAGACGAAGAUUCCAACUGUGCAAGGAUGGACGUAUGCCCCAGAAGAGCACAAAACCAAAGAUGUGGUCCGCAGGGUGAUCAUACCUCUCACCAGCAGCGAGGAACGUGCCUAUGCAGUGUCAAGUCACAACCAGGACGGGCCCCGCAGGGCGCAAGUCAUGGUGACCCACAACUGGGGCAACCGCUUCGACGACCUCUUGGCCGCGGUAUUGGCAGAUGCCCUGCAGGAGUGCAGUUUCAACUUGCCAGCUCGGCUGCUUAAGCAGGACACCGCUUUGCUGCAGCAGCUGCUGGGAAAGAUGGGGCGGUUGGAUGCAACCUAUUGGAUCUGCGCCUUUGCCGUGAACCAACACGCCACAAUUUGCCACAGCAAUCCACAUGACCGAGAUCCCUUGAGCAAUUUGCUACAUCCAGUGUGCCAUUGUAGUUGCGUCAACAUCAGUGACCCAGACGGCCGGAGUGUAGAAUCUGAGGUCAACAAGUUUGAUGAUAUGAUGUACCACCUGGCCACCACUGGAAAGUGCAGACAGGUCAUCGCAGUGGACAAAUCUUUGGACCUGUUCCGUCGCGCCUGGUGUGUGGCCGAAAUUGCCGAGGCCCGGCGUUUGCAGAUGGAUCAGUCACUGAAACUGUCCUCCAAAGCAACCCUGCAGGAAGGGGCACAGACGCUAGAGAACUUGGAUGUGAGGGAGAUGCAAGCGUCUUGUGAACGAGACAAAGAGCUGAUCCUUGCAAGGAUCGAGGACAUAGACGAUUUCAAUGCCAAAGUUCAAGCGUUGAUUUGGGAUCCGAAGUCAGGCCUUGUUGCCUCUUGGGCCGCCAUGGAUAGCCUACAGCAGAUAGGUGAAGCGGGCCGGCUCAUUAAGUGGGGCCUGGCUGACGCAGGCAGUGGAAGGGUGUGGAAAGCUUGGGAAACCCAGGGCUGA